AAGGGAAAGAAUGGUACGUAGCAAUGCAAGUUUGGUAUAUUGCUUUAUCAGAAUAAAGUAGUGAGCAAGAUACCUAAAUGGAACAGCAGCACAGUACAAGAUAUAUAAUAUAUUUAUACAACAAACAACAAAUGCUUUCAAAUUAGGAAAGGAAGAUACCAAAACCUUCCCUACCAAUAAGAACUAGGAACAACCUCAAACUUAAUUCCAUGUCUUGCCGAGCCCCCCCACAACCCUAAAUCACCACCACAUCUUCCUCCAACAUAAAAACUCGCCAAAAAACCCCGAAAUACUCUUGCCCUAUGUUGUCACUAUCUGGGCACCAACCAUCAGUAGCCCUCAAUGACAGGAAAGUUUUUCCAUGGUGCCACCCAAAGAGCCACACACCCUCUGGUUUGGUUUGCUGCUGUUAUCUGCACUGUUAUUGCCAUAGCCGUAAUCAUCACGGGGAUCGUUGUGUUCGUGGGCUACAUGAUCAUCCAUCCGAGGGUGCCUUUCAUCACCGUCACCUCAGCUCACCUGGACAACUUUCAAAACUCUGUGGCUGGUCUUCUUGACACAGAAAUCACCCUUAUUGUGAGGGCUGAGAAUGACAACCCGAAAGCACAUGCCAGCUUUUCGGAUACAAGCUUCACACUGAGCUUCCAAGGCCUGAACAUUGCCAGGUUGGUGGCAUUGCCAUUUGAUGUGAAGAAAAAUAGUUCGGUGGAUUUUCAUUAUUUGGUGCAAUCUUCAUCGAUUCCAUUGAGCCCUGAGCAGAUGGAUCAAAUAGAUAUUUCAUUGAAGCGAGAUAAAAUUAGUUUCAAUUUGAAGGGGAAUUCGAGAGCAAGGUGGAGAGUAGGGCCGUUUGGCUCUGUAAAAUUCUGGGAUCAUUUGAAUUGUCACCUCAGGUUUCAUCCUUCAAAUGGAAGCUACAUACACUCACCUUGUAGCUCCAGGGCAAAAUAGUAAAAUUGUUAAGUACUUUCCCUUCUUCCCUUCUUAUCCUUUUAGCUUUUAUGUAGACAACUUGAGUUCCUCUUUCAAAAUAAUUAGGCUUCAUUUCAAUUUUCAUGUUUGAGAU